AUGCGCGUGCAGGGCGUCGCAGACCUGUUGUUGGACGAGAACAAUGUGGCUCAGGUGGCGCGCCCGGGGACGUCCCUCGCGCGCCCGGCGACCGGCGCGGCGGCGAGCGGCAGCUCCAGCCCAGCCGUGCGCCCCAUGAGCACCGCCGGCCGGCCCCUCACGGGUUUCGCCCGCCCCGGCACCGGCGCAGCGCGGCCCGGCACCACCAGCGGCGGCCGCGGCCCCGGGACGGCGGCGGGCGCGGUGCAGGCGGCGAUGCGGGGCGCCAAGCCGGGGACUGCGCGGCCCGUCACGACCUCUGGCAGGUUUGUGCGGCUGGGGACAGCCUCGCUGGCGGCGGAGCCUGGGGGGCCGUUCAUCAAUGCGGAGCGCCUUGACCUGCGGAAGUACGCUGCGCGCCCCAACCUGGCCAGGGUGCUGUGUGACUACAUCGUGUAUGUGGACCACAACAUGCGCAAGGCCCUGGAGCUCGCAGCAGCGGCGACACAGGCCUGCGGAUACGAGGACUGGUGGUGGAAGGCGCGGCUGGGCAAGGCGUAUUACCAGCUCGGCCUGCUGAGGGACGCGGAGCAGCAGCUCGCCAGCUCGCUGCGCAACCAGGCGCGUGCGCGCGGGAGGCGGCCCCGCUUGGGCGCCCCGUCCGCGAUCUUGUUCGUUGGGCCGGAUGCGCGAGGAUCGGGUGUCGCGGGCGAGGGGCGGAUGACGGACUAUGCGGAGGGGGAGGGGGGAUGUGCGGCGGCUGCCGGCGCUGCCUCGGCAAGUUCUCGAUGCCGCACCGACCCGGCAGCAGCGGCUGAGAUGGUGGCCACGGUGAUGGAGCUGGCCAAGGUGCACCUGCGCCUCGACCAGCCCGGCGCCGCGCUGUCGCUCUAUGGCGACGCCGCGCCGCGGCAGCCGUGGGAGCCAGGGCUGCUGCUGGGCGCGGCGCGCGUGCACGACGCGAUGGGGCAGGGGGAGGAGGCGCUGAGGCUGUACCAACAGGUCCUCUCCCUGGACGCCUCCAGCGUGGAGGCCAUCGCCUGCCUCGCCUCCCACCACUUCUACAGCGGACAGCCAGAGGUCGCCCUGCGCUACUUCCGGCGCCUCCUGCAGAUGGGCGUCUCGGGGGCGGAGCUCUGGUGCAACACGGGGCUGGCCUGCUUCUAUGCCGGGCAGAUCGACAUGGCGCUGCCCUGCUUCGAGAGGGCGCUCGCGGCGGCGGACGAUGGGGCGGCGCCAGAUGUGUGGUACAACCUCUCCCAGGUAGCGAUCGGCAUCGGCGACGCGUCGUGGGCGCAGCAGUGCCUGCGGCUGGCGGUCAGCCUGGAGCCCGGCCACGCUGAGGCCUGGAACAACCUGGCGGCACGCUCUCUGCUGCGCACCGGCUGCGCGCGGGGGCCGCACGUCUUCGAGGCGCACUACAACGCGGCGCUGCUGGCGUGGCGGCGCGGGGACUACCAGGAUGCGUGGGAGCGCGUUGGCGCGGCGCUGGCCGCGUUCCCGGGCCACACUGAGAGCCAGGAGCUGCGGCGGCUGCUGAGGGCUGAGCUGAUGGCCCUGUAA